GUGGGAAGAGCAGGCUAAGUUUGGCCACUGUUAAUAGGAGGAGGAGGGAGUGGAAGCUGGAGGUUGAGGUUAUUGCUGUGGCUGGGAAAACUCAAGGCAGGCUCGCUCUCCCUCUCCUUUCCGCCUGCCUGCCCUGCUUUGGAAGCAAGGCCUGCUAACCUUCGCUUGCUGCUGCGCUGGGGAAGCAGCUGCUGCUGCCAUGGCUGCUGAAGACUCCAGUUCUCUGCCCUGGUCCAUCGACAAGGAUGACUAUGAGCUGCAGGAGGUGAUUGGGAGUGGAGCAACAGCAGUGGUGCAAGCAGCCUAUUGUAGUCCGAAGAAAGAAAAAGUGGCAAUUAAGCGGAUCAAUCUUGAGAAAUGUCAGACCAGCAUGGAUGAGCUACUGAAAGAAAUUCAAGCCAUGAGUCAGUGCCAUCAUCCAAACAUCGUAUCUUACUAUACCUCCUUUGUAGUGAAAGAUGAACUCUGGUUAGUGAUGAAGCUUCUUAGCGGAGGAUCGGUUCUGGAUGUCAUUAAGCAUAUUGUGGCGAAAGGAGAACACAAGAAUGGAGUCCUGGAUGAACCUGCAAUAGCCACCAUCCUGAAGGAAGUUUUGGAAGGACUGGAAUACCUGCAUAAAAACGGGCAAAUUCACAGGGAUGUGAAAGCCGGAAACAUUCUUCUGGGAGAAGAUGGCUCAGUCCAGAUUGCAGACUUUGGUGUUAGUGCUUUUUUAGCCACUGGUGGCGACAUUACUCGAAACAAAGUGAGGAAGACCUUUGUGGGCACACCUUGUUGGAUGGCGCCUGAAGUUAUGGAGCAGGUCAGAGGUUACGAUUUCAAGGCAGACAUCUGGAGUUUCGGCAUCACGGCGAUCGAGUUAGCUACAGGGGCAGCUCCUUACCACAAAUAUCCGCCUAUGAAGGUCUUAAUGUUAACACUACAAAAUGAUCCCCCCUCGCUGGAGACCGGUGUGCAAGAUAAGGAGAUGCUGAAAAAGUACGGGAAGUCAUUCAGGAAGAUGAUUUCAUUGUGCUUGCAAAAAGACCCUGAGAAAAGACCAACAGCAGCUGAACUUCUAAGACACAAAUUUUUCCAGAAAGCAAAGAAUAAAGAGUUUCUACAAGAAAAAAUGCUGCAGAGAGCCCCAACAAUCACUGAAAGAGCCAAAAAGGUCCGGAGAGUCCCCGGCUCCAGCGGACGUCUUCACAAGACCGAGGACGGUGGCUGGGAAUGGAGUGACGAUGAACUAGAUGAAGAGAGUGAAGAAGGCAAAGCGGCCAUUUCACAGCUCAGGUCUCCCAGAGUGAAAGAAUCAUUACAGAAUUCUGAGCUCUUUCCGUCAGCUGAGCCCACGGGCCCUUUGCUCAAUAUCCCAGCCCAGACUCCUGCUCAACUACCUCAGCCUGCAGGGCAAGCACCUGCACAACCUUCUCCAGCUGUCCCUGCUCCAGCUUCUCAGGCACCUGCGUCAGCUCCUUCGGCAGCACAGGCACCUGCUGCCCCUGCACAAGAGGAACCGAAGGUCCCCAUCAGCCUCGUUCUAAGGUUAAGGAAUUCUAAAAAAGAGCUCAACGACAUCCGAUUUGAAUUCACCCCAGGAAGAGAUACUGCUGAUGGAGUAUCCCAAGAACUCAUCUCAGCUGGUCUUGUGGAUGGCAGAGACUUAGUAAUAGUUGCUGCAAACCUACAAAAAAUUGUUGAAGAGCCCCAGACGAAUCGAUCUGUCACUUUCAAACUGGCAUCCGGUGUUGAAGGCUCUGACAUCCCUGACGACAGCAAACUCAUUGGGUUUGCCCAACUCAGCAUCAACUAAAGCAACACUCCCAGACGAUGGUCCCCGUGGGUGCAGCUUUCGAGCGCUUCUGUCGGCCUAAAAGCGAAACCACUACUGCCAAAGAACCAAACUACAGUCCCCUUUCUUAGAAGCUUGACCCUGGUUCGUUUCCCAAGUAGUGUCACAGUGUCUCCCAGCACCAGUGUCCCGCACCACAGCCGCCCUUAAAGACCGUCGGCUUCUCUUCCUUCCUCCCAGAUGUGCAGACCCAUCCAUUCAUCCGCCUGCAUGUUUGUAGUCUAUUAUUGCCUUAACUAUUUAAAACAAAACAGAAAAAAACAGAUAUACUACUGAGAGUACGAAACAGGGGUUCCACUACUCUUUACAACUGUCUUGCCGUGAUGGAUUUCUUUGUUUUGUGAAUCAUGUUUGUUCGGCUGCAUUGUUGCUGCUUAACCUGUGCUUGUUUGGCAUUGGGGGCUGCAGGUUAAAAAAAAAAUGAACAGCGGUGACAACCCCCCUUAUAACCCCUUUAUCCAACCUUGUGUCCUCUAGGUGUUUUGGAUUACAACUCCCAGCAUUCCUUACCAUUGGCAAUGCUGGCUGGGAUUGAUGGGUGUUGGGGUCCAAAAUCUAGAGGGCUCCAGAUUUGUAGCAUAUUGGAAACCAGACUGAAUCAUUGUACAAACCUAGUGAAGUCCUUUGGUUUAGCAGCCUUUGAGGGAGCUUAUUUAACAGAUCCAGGGCAGCAAAGAAAUUGCUUUGCCUGCCCUGCGAUUAGCCUUAAUCUCAUUAAUGCAAAAUGUUGUAAACUUGGAAAAACAUCGUGGUUUGUGUCUGUAUGUGUGUCGCUGGGGUGGGGUGGGUGAAGGUUGCCACUGAUCACGCUAGGCCACUUGUUUCUAGAGCAGCCUUCCCCAACCUGGUGCCCUCCAGAUGUGUUAGACUGCAACUCCCAUCAUCUCCCAGCCAACAUCUGGUGGGCUCUAGGUUGGGCAAGGCUGUUCUAGAGCACCAUGUGCUCUAUGUUUACUCUUUACAAUCCAUUUGUACGAUGUAUGUGAUGGGGCCUCCCUUGCUGCAUAUUUCUAAACAUGGAAAAGUUCUCUAAAACCAAAAUUUCUGUCCCAGGAAUUGUGUUACACUCUUAUCAAGAUUGCUCUGUUCCCCAAAGCACACCUCACUCGUAUUAUUGUUUGAUGGGUAACAGUGUGUGAGAAAGAGCCCUUAGAGUGUAUCUGCCCUACACAACUAAAUUGUUUUCAAACCUCCUUAAAACUGUUGUGUGUCCUGACUAUGGAACCGUGGGAAUUGUAGUUCUGCAGAGUGUUUAAACAAAAACAUCUUAGUAUGCUAGUUGACAGUUUCCAGUGUUGUUUUAAGAAUAGCAGGUUAAUUUUGAAGGUCUCUUCAAACGACACAUUUCUCUCGUCAUGGGAUUGUCUCUGCAACCACUUUGUGAAAGGAGCCCCUUGUAAGUAGAUGGGUAUUGUAAUUUUGCGAAGUUUGAUGGGUGUAGGUUUAGUCUUUAGGGUAGGGAGGUAUGUGGACAGAUGCACAACCAUUCAUAAAAUCAGAUGCUCUCCAUACAUAGAUAUUAGUUGAUCAUGCGGUCUGGCAAAUGGAAGUAAUGUGUUGUGUGUGUGUGUGUGUGUGUGUGUGUAGAUGUGUGCUUCUACUGAAACCUUUCCUGACUGUUUUAGUCUCCGAGAACAUUUCAUCAGUGCGUUCAAGAUAAAAAUGCAUUUGUCCUUUUUCUUUUUCCGCACAAACUGGUACAUAUGGAACUGCCCCUGUUCAAUUUUUACAGCAAUAAAAAUAUUGCCGGUAGAUACAUACACGGCAAGGUUUAAGCUCUGGGCAAGUUUGUCCCUCCUGCUGCACUAACUGCUUGGAAUUUGCAAAACUGUUUUUUUAUACUCUCAGCUCAAGUGUCAAAGUUUGAUCAAGAUGAUGUAACUGAAUCCAAUAUAGCUCAUGUUUAGUAUUUUUUUAAGAAAUGAGUAUUUGGCAGUGUGUGUCUCUCCCCCCUCCCCCCAUUUUUUGAAUUUCUACAUAUAAAUUAUACUUUUUAGUUUGAGAAAAGAAACACUUGUAAUGCAAUAUGUGAAUAAUAAAAUGGUGUUGGGUCCUCCCUACACGCCCAUACACCCUGCCCCUCUUGCACAGUGGGGGCUUUUGUGUAUCACUGCUUGGCUUUGAAGUAUUUUAUACGAUGAAACUGUAUUCAACCUGUAAUUAAUUUACAUACCAAACGAUUUGAACGGAGUUGUCAUUUUGGCCCACUGCCUUAUAAUGUGCACAGAGUAGGCCCAGUAGGGACCAUGGUUAAAUCACUGGGAGGUGGUUUACAAAUUUUCUUCCUUUGCACCUCUCUUUUCUCCGAUGUGAAUUCCUCUCUGCCGCCCUCUUCCUUUGCCAUCCUUAGCCAUGGUUUUUAUAUUACAGCUGAUCCGAUUUUAACCGCAGUUAGCUUUAACCGCAGAGUUUUGAGGCUGGUUUAUAAGCGCAGACGAUUAAGGUCGAGAAGGGAGAAGGCUUUGGAGCAGGAGGGCGCGUGCAAGUUCGCAUUCCCCCAUCUGAGCUCUUAACUACGAUUUAAGAGAUAGCCAGCGUUAAUUUGCACACAUCGGCCCACUGUUGGUGUGGGAGAAAUUGGGAAACUUGGAUUCGGUAGGGAUCUUUUGUUUUCGAAGUCUUACAAAAUAUGUUUAUAUAUUUUUGUUCUCUAUGAGCAGUUAUGGAAGCUUCCUUUUCUUUUUUAAAAAAAUGGCAUUUUUUUUUAUAGCUUUUAAGCCUGUAGUUUUAAUAUUGGCUAGAUCCACCAAUAGGUCACAAGCAAAACUGCUAGAAAGGAGGGGACAAAAUGAAGCAAGGAAGGACAGGGAAGCGGAAGAGCUUUGAUAGAACCAUAAUGUGGAGGGAGAGUGAAAUCAGUUUUGUUUGGGCUUUGCGUGUGAGUGUUGGAAGUUCUAGUGCUCCCUACUUAUCCCUUCUAGAACACCAUUUUUUUCUUUUUUGUGCUUAUGGGCUUAUAUGAGCAGGCUGGAGCCUGCACAUUCACAAAAACUGAUGGGUAGUUUAAAUCUUUCUUUUUUUAAAAAAAACUUUAUGGGAGAGGCAACAACGGAGAGUCCUUGGUCAACUUUUGGGUGGGCCUCUGACAGGGAUGUGGGGUCCCCACAUGGAUGAUCGCAGUGGCCCUCGGAGGCUCCACAGUGAUCAUUGGCUUCUGAAGCCCUCACCUGCUUCAGGUGGGCAGGAAGUCCUUUGGAGCCUGUGAUGUCACGUCACUAAAGUGGGCAGAACGUGCCUCAAGCCCCGCCCCCUUGAACAUGCUCCGCCCAACCUUUUGCUGAAACAGAUCCCAGCCCUUGAAGAUGGAAGGUCCUGGUCUUAGCCUGGGGUGGCCAUGAGGGGUGGGGAACUUUGGGGAAAGUAGAAUGUACCCUCCCCACUCCAUCCAAAUUGCCCACCUGUCUUCAGCUAUGGAGACCAAAUUAUUCUGGUACAGUAUUACUUCACUUUUGCCUGCAUGCUGUGCAUACCUUUGUUGUACUUCUCACUGGAUUAGGACUCCUUACUAAUCCUAUGCAGUAUCUAUUUAUUUCCACCCGUUUCUGUCUAACCCAGGUCUAGCAGACAAUAGUAUCCAUGCUAGCUCUUUCCUUGGUGUUUGUUUUUUUAAUGAUCCUCAACUACCCUUUGCUAUUAGUUUUCUAGGCACUUGUCUCUUGGUGGUAGUAUGUUUUUCGUUUCGUUUUUUCUUGGGAUACUAAAAGUGCUAGAUGACUAUUUUGUUCUUGAGGUUCAAAAGUGCCAAUGAUUUUUUU